ACCCAACCCCCCUCCAACUCGAGGUCGAAUUCAGAGUUCUAUGUGUGCUCAUGCUGUAUCAUGAGCCCCCAGCCCAGCCAAUUCCGGUUCGAUGUUGAUAUCGAUAUGGACGGCGAUGUAUCUGGACGGUGCAGCAACAGCAGUCGGACCCCGACGUGCCCUAGGGCCUGUUGUGCAGGUUGUUUCUCGCACACCCAUCACGGACAUUGAUUCGCAUAUGUAUUCGGGAGGCGGAUGGCGGAUGGUCGAUGGUGGAUGGUGGAUGGUGGAUGGCACUGCUUUUGGACGACGUCUUCCUGCCAAGCAGUCACUGGCGAGUCCGUGCUUCUGCGCUCUACCUGGGUACAGUGUACAACCGGCAGCGGAUAUCGAUGUCGAUAUAUCAUAUGCUCGAACUUUGCACACCUACAGUUGCACCGCGGAAUCACCGCAGUCACCGCAGUCACCGUCAGCACCUUCAUUCAUUCAAAAUCCAAUAUGUAACAUCUUACAGGCUGUCAUACAUAUCAUACACAUCAUACAAUCUCACAUAUAUGAUAUGAUAUGUAUGAUAUGUACUGCCAGCAAACCUCGACAGCAUGCGUAUGCGUAUGCUGCGUAUGCGUAUGGUACCGACGAUUGGAAAAAAUAUAUCUAUGAUAUAUGUACAGCAUCCACCCUCCCCCUCCCCCCUUCCGCCGCUUUUGUUGGGCUCGAUGGCACCAUUGGCAUCAUUGGCAUGGGAUCCCCUCCGAAUGAUCGGUGAGGCUUAUGGAUGUGUGUACAGCAUAUACUUCUUGGGUAAUACUUGGGUAAUAUGCAUCCAUGCGAUCCCAUCCCAUCCAUACCAGUAGGUUGUCACUGGUCAGUCACUGGUCAGUCACUGGUCAGUCGCUCCAGUAAAGCAAAGCAAAGCAGAGCAAAAUCCAUAUGUAGAUUCCCC